AUGGUGAUGGGCGUGGCCUGCACUGGCACGUGUGAUGAAGCUGAAGCUGGAGGCGAUGCAUCCUGUCCUCCCACUCCUCCUGGGCCCGAUGCCUGGGGGGUGGUUUUGCGCAUCGUGGGUUCUCGGGCCGAGAAUGUGGACUUGUGCCGGAAUUGGAUCAGCCAAGGCACCGGAAAGAGAGUGCUGAGCUACCUGAUUACCCAGAUGCCAGGCUCCACGCGGCAGUACGCCCUUUUUGCUGUUGCGGGUCGUGCCUUCCAUCCACAAACUACGAUCUGCAAGAAGUAUAUCAAGGCCUCCCUGGAAGGAACAAAGUUCCUGGAGCUGUUGGACUCCGAGACUCUGGCUAAAGCUGGCUCUCUGCAGGAGGUGGAGCAAGCAGUGGUGUGCCCUUUGCACGGCUACCCUGUUGUGGACGAGUACUACCAAGCCGUCAGCCCCCACCCAUUCCUGAGCCAAAUUGCUGUGCCUACGCUGAUCUUGCACACGGAGGACGACCCCUGGGUGCGCUUCGAACCCCAGGUCCUCACGGAGCUACAGAAUCCUCGCGUCUUCGCGGCCACCACCCGGCGUGGAGGCCAUCUCGGUUGGCGAAGCGAUGAGGCCGGCAAGGGCACCUGGGCCGACAACAUGGCGGCGCAGUUCUGCAAGGCGGCCGCGAGUCACUGGUGA